CGUCAUUCASGAGAAGAAGCAAGCAUCCAAAACAAUCAUGGGAGGACAUCAUUCCAAGUUCACCGAGGAAGAACUCAAAGAUUAUCAGGAGCUGACGUAUUUCACGCAAAAGGAAAUUUUACAUUGUCACAAGCGUUUUUCACAAAUUGAUCCUGAUGCUGUAAGGCUAAACAAGAAUGCCAAAAUUAACCAAAGGAAGAUMCUGACUACCUUACCAGAACUAAGAGUAAACCCUUUCAGAGACAGAAUAUGUAAAGUGUUUUCGUCAUCCAAAGAUGGAAAUCUCACAUUUGAAGACUUUUUGGACAUGAUGUCUGUAUUCAGUGAAAAUGCUCCCAAAAGUGUGAAAGUUGAGUAUGCAUUCAGAAUAUAUGAUUUCAAUGAAGAUGAUUAUAUUUGUGAAAAUGAUUUAAAGAAAGUUAUCCAAAGACUGUGUGGUGACCAAAGACUUUCAAAUGAAAAUAUGCAGGCAUUAAUAGAAAAGAUAUUUGAAGAAGCAGAUCUGGAUGAAGACAACCAGUUGUCAUUUGCAGAGUUUGAGCAUGUGAUUUCUAAAGCUCCUGACUUUCUCAACUCCUUCAGAAUCAGAUUAUGAAACUGCAGCCAGACAAGUUGAUCUUGUUUCCAUUCAUCACAAUUAUAUUGUACAUAUCCCUCAAUAUUUCAGUAACUAAAAUGCUAUAGGUUUCUUCAUGCUAGUUUUCUAAAGAGCAAAUUUUUGUAUGAUAUUGUAUUCAUGAAAUAGUUAUUUAAUGCAUAAUUCACAAAUGGCAAUACUCAUAAUUCCACUUCAAUAAAGAAGUCAUUAUUAUUGUUAUCAAAGAAUGACAGUAGUGGUUGAGCUUGCAUAAUUUARGAUUUUUCAAUUUUGAAUGGUCAAUUAUUUUUCACAUGUGUCUGAUAUUAUAUGGUGCACCAGCUGCUAGGCUGGAAGUUAGUGAAAUAGAGUGCUGAUGUUACAUGCAAGAAUUAAUUUUCAUAGAAUAAUAUUGUCUGCAUUUAAUGUAAUGAUAUGUAUAGACUCUAAGUUAUAUAUUAUUGGUGUGCCUAAAACCAAACUUCAGCAUUUCAGUCCAACAUUUCCUUUACCUUUAAAAUAAAUCGUCUUUUUGUAAAAGGACUGCUUUUUAGGACAAGGGUAAGCUAGGGUUUCCCAGCUAGUAUAUAUAGAGUCUCUCUCAUUAUUGKUCAAAUAAAUUACUACAACUAGAAAGACUGCUAGACAGUGAAAACUAGGGUAUGUUAGGAUAUUGAAAGAUCACAGAUUUGGUAAAAUAAAAAAUAAACACAAGGAACUAAAAUAUUUUAAAGCA